AUGGAGACCCCUUCGUCCCUGUCCACUGAAACCAUGAAUCGCCUCAGCAGCAGACUGGCAUUCUUCGGCAAUGACUUCCCUAGUGGAAAUAUCCCGGACCUCUUUCGUCGUCUGCACCGGUGGUCCAUGGACAAGAAAUUCCAUAUUCUAGCUUUGUUCAUGGAAGAAUGCGUGGCUACCAUCCAUCAGGAAAUCAGCCAGCUUUCGCAAGAAAUUCCACCCCAGCUUGCCAGUGUUCAAAAUAUCGUGAGCCUCGUCGAUGGCUGGGAGACCAGCCGUCUCACUCCUGUUGGAGGGGCCGUUGAGACUGCUCUUCUCUGCAUACUCCAAGUCGGCAUGCUUAUCGGACACUAUCAAGCAACCGACCAGGAUUACGAUCUUGGGGAUACCGGAACAACCCUGAGUGGCUUGAGCGUUGGCCUUCUUUCUGCUGCAGCGGUGGCAAUCUCUACCUCGAUCUCCGACUUAGCCCAUUAUGGGGUAGACAGCGUGCGAAUUGCAUUUCGGAUGGGAAUUCAUGUCGACAGAGUAUCUCAGUCCCUGGAGGCUCAAGAGCCUGACAGUAACCCGAAAACCUGGGCUUAUGUUGUGACGGGAGUCUCCGCAGAGACUGUUCAACAGGAGCUUGAUCGGUUCAACAAGGAAACGGUGUGCCCGGAGCUUAUGAAGGUGUUUAUCAGCGCGGCGGAUGCCAACUCAAUCAGUGUGACUGGACCUCCGUCUCGCUUGAUAAAUGCUUUCCACCAUUCUCCUGUCCUACGAUACUCAAAGCACAUGGCUCUCCCUGUCUACAAUGGUCUUUGCCAUGCUUCUCAUCUCUAUACUGCUCGAGAUGUCCAAGAAAUCGUCACGAUCCCUGCUGAGAUGGCUUCGGCCUCAGUUCAUAUUCCAGUUCUAUCAGCAGAAACCGGGAAAGCCUUACAAGCGACUCGAUCGAAGCAACUAUGGGAUGGGGUUGUAACAGAAAUCCUUACUGGGGGAAUCUACCUUGAUAAUUUGACAGCGGGGCUAAUUCGGGAAUUUUCGAUGCUUGAAUCCUUGGAGAUUGAGAUUGUCACAUUACGGACCUCUUUGAUCGCACAAGGGCUAUUAUCCUCAAUUCAGUCCAAUCUGCCUGAUGUUGCUAUCCGAAAACGGGACAUCGUUGACUGGAGCCUCAUGGAAGAGCCUGAACUUUUCCCGAGCGAACCCCGUUCGUCGCGUCAGUCCAAACUAGCUAUUGUUGGUAUAUCCUGUAGGCUACCUGGGGGGGCAAAUGACUUGGAACUCUUUUGGAAGUUGAUUGAAGAAGGUCGAGAUGUUCACACUCGAAUUCCUGCGGAUCGCUUCGAUGUCGAUACUCAUUAUGACCCAACUGGCGAGAUUCCUAAUACAACACAAACGCCAUUUGGAAACUUCAUCGAUAAGCCCGGAAUGUUUGAUGCCAACUUCUUCAAUAUGUCACCACGCGAGGCUGAACAAACCGAUCCAAUGCACCGACUGGCCUUGGUGACUGCUUACGAAGCUCUUGAAAUGGCCGGCUAUUCACCUAAUCGAACCCCGUCUACCUCUCUGCGCAGAGUCGGUACAUACUUCGGCCAGGCUAGCGACGAUUGGCGAGAACUAAAUGCCGGCAUGAAUAUUGGCACUUAUGCUGUUCCAGGAGGUGAACGAGCCUUUGCAAAUGGGCGUAUCCAAUAUUUCUUCAAAUUCUCUGGGCCAUGUUUCAAUAUGGAUACAGCCUGUUCGAGUGGUCUAGCAGCUGUCAACGCCGCAUGUAGCGCAUUGUGGGCCGGCGAGGCUGAUACAGUCAUUGCAGGAGGUUUAAAUGUGAUAACCAACCCCGAUAACUUUGCGAUGCUCUGCAAAGGACAUUUUCUGUCAAAGACUGGUCAAUGCAAGGUCUGGGAUAAGGACGCAGAUGGUUACUGUCGUGCAGAUGGCAUUGGGGCCGUCGUUAUUAAACGUCUCGAAGAUGCUGUCGCCGACAACGAUAAUGUCAUCGCAACAAUCGAUGCCGCCUUCACCAAUCAAUCUGCAGAUGCAAUCUCUAUCACCCACCCCCAUGCUGGUGCUCAAAAGGAGAACUACCAGCAGGUCAUGCAGGCCGCAGGCAUCAGUCCAGUAGCUGUUAGCUACGUCGAACUUCACGGAACUGGUACGCAGGCGGGUGAUUCAGUUGAGUCAGAAUCUGUGGUUGAUGUCUUCGCAAAUGCAAAGUUGCGUCGACAGGUUCCUCUUUUGAUGGCGUCUGUUAAAUCAAAUAUCGGUCACGGUGAAGCUGCUGCUGGAAUUGCCUCCUUGAUCAAGGUGCUUCUAAUGUACCAGAAGAAUAUGAUCCCACCGCACGUGGGUAUCAAGACCGAAAUCAACCCUGUUGUUGCCAAGAACCUUGAACGAGGCAAUGCUGCACUGGCUUUGGAAAUGACACCUUGGCCACGAGUGAGUGACAUAAAGCGCUUUGCGCUGGUCAACAGCUUCGGCGCUCAUGGUGGUAACACGACCAUGCUUCUUGAAGAUGCACCAAGACAUGUUCGUACUGGGUCUGACCCUCGACCUACCCAUGUCAUAACGCUGUCUGCCAAAAGCAAAAUUUCUCUAAGGGGGAACAUUGAGGCUAUGAUUUCUUAUCUGAAUGAGAAUCCCGAGACUGAUCUUGGCGAUCUGGCGUACACUACUUGUGCCCGUCGGAUCCAUCAUCAUACGCGGGUCACAUUCGCUGCAUCUUCAAUUGGACAAGUCAAAAGGUUAUUAGAGGACAUCGUUGCAGCGAAUACUGUGAACACACUUCGCCCUGUUACCACCUCCUCAGCAUCUGUUCCCUUCACUUUCACUGGCCAAGGGGCCUUCUACUCGGGAGUGGGCAGCAAUCUGUACGAAACCUUCCCAGCCUACCGUUCAGUCGUCGACGAGCUCGACCAUCUGGUGCAGUGUUUGGGCUUUUCAUCUGUUGUCCCUGCGAUUGCCGGCACACUAGAGGACGAAAAGUCUGGUUCGCCAGUCCUGACCCAGCUUGCGAUUCUAAUCAGCCAAAUUGCCCUUGUCCGAUUCUGGGGCCAUCUUGGCGUUCACCCCAGCGUGGUCAUUGGUCAUAGUCUCGGUGAAUACGCAGCACUCGUGGCAGCCGAUGUUCUAUCUGCUGCAGAUGCAAUCUUCUUAGUUGGAAAGAGGGCCCAGCUUCUUCAAGAUUCGUGCCAGCUGGGUAGUCAUUCCAUGCUUGCCGUGCGGGCCUCUGUGGAGCAUAUCAAGAAAGCUAUGCCCACGGAUAUGGUAUACGAGAUCAGUUGUAUGAACGCGAGAGAAAGUUCUGUUCUCGGAAGCUCUGAAAGCAACAUCCAGCAGAUCCAGGCUCUCUUGGAGAAAGCCGAUGUCAAAUGUACUCACCUUGACGUCCCAUUCGCCUUCCAUACAGCCCAAAUGGAAGCAAUCCUAGAAGUCUUCGAGCAAGUUGCUCAGCAGGUAACCUUCCGUACUCCGAGUGUUCCAAUCCUUUCUCCUCUUUUGGCCGACGGCAUCUUUGACGGCAAGACCGUGAACGCGAAGUAUCUGUGCCGUGCAACACGGGAACCAGUUCGUUUCUUCGAAGCCCUAGACGCUGGUCGUGAGCUGGGAGUUGUUCCGGAGAAUGCCACUUUUAUUGAGAUCGGGCCUCAUCCUGUCAAUGGAUCUUUCAUCAAAUCACUCCUCCCACAAGCUCGAAUCCUGCCUUCUCUCCGUAAGAACGAAAACAACUUCACGACUUUGGCUAGCUCUUUGGCCGCAUUGCACAACGAUGGCUUACCCAUUGAGUGGAACUCCUACUUCCGGCCGUUCGAGAAAUGUCAUUUCCUCCUAUCCCUUCCAAAAUAUUGCUGGAAUGAAAAGAAUUACUGGAUUCAAUACACAGGCACCUGGACAUUGGACAAAGCCUAUCCUCAAGGCACUCGGCCGGCGGCUGUCUCUUCGUCAUUGGGCUCUGCCCUGCGCACAUCCUCUGUUCACCGUAUCACCUCUGAGAGUGUCAAUGACACUACCGCAACUCUAACUGUUGUCUCUGAUAUUAUGGAUCCCGAAUUCCGGGCUGCGGUGAAUGGUCACCAGAUGAAUGGUUACGGAGUAGCCACGUCGUCACUCUGGGGUGACAUCUCUAUGACAAUAGGUGAAUACCUGUAUAAAAAGCUUGCGCCUCAAACCCGUGAGGUUCAUAUGGAUGUCUCCAAUCUCGAGGUUCUUCACGCACAGGUGGCACAUACCGACAAGAGCCGCGCUCAGCUACUGCAAAUAGAAGCCACUCUUGACCUGGAAUCAAAUGAGAUGCCAAUCCAAUGGUUCAAUGUUUCCAGUGAUGGCGAGCGUGCGGCUGAAGCCUACGCUUCUGCGACUGUCAAGUUCACUGACGCUGCUGAAUGGCGUUGGGAGUGGGAUCGCUUAACCCAUCUGGUGAACGCCCGGAUCGAGUCUUUAUUAGCAAUGGCUCUUGAUGGGACUGCUAAUCGCCUGUCCAGGAACAUGGUCUACAAUCUUUUCAAGUAUGUAGUGGAUUACAGCGACCAUUACCGUGGCAUGCAGUCUGUAGUGCUGCACGAAAUGGAAGCAUGCUCCGAGAUUGUUCUCAAUCCCGACCGACACGGAACCUGGCACACACCUCCACACUGGAUCGACAGCAUCUUCCAUAUUGGAGGAUUCGUGCUCAAUGGUAGUGACGCAUCAAACACCAAGGACUACUUCUACGUCACUCCAGGCUGGGGUAGCUGUCGCAUCAUUCGGCCCCUGGAAGCUGGGGGUCGAUAUCGCAGCUAUGUCCGCAUGGCACCCAUUGAGGAGAAGAAUAUGUAUGCCGGUGACGUAUACGUGCUUCAAGACGGGGUCAUAAUCGCCAUGAUGAGCGAGAUGAAGUUCCGUCGGGUGCCUCGCGUUUUGAUGAAUCAGUUCUUUUCGCCUAGCGACACUACUUCGUCCAAGACAGCUGUGCCUGCCACCGUCCCAACUGUGCAGCCAAAAGUAGUUUCGGCUUCUCCGUCUGUUCCUACUUCUACUGUCGAUCAAGUCAUUUUGUCUCCUUCAAGCGAAGGGGCAGCUGCUCCGCAAAAGACUAAUGAGUCGAGCGCGCCAGUAUCUGCGAAAUCCACCCCGCCAGCUUCAUCGGAUAGCCCCAUAGUUACCGAUUGUCUUAAAAUCAUUGCCCGUGAGACCGGACUCAAUCCCAAUGAACUUACAGACACUGCGUCUUUCGUCGAACUCGGUGUUGAUUCUCUCAUGUCCCUUGUUCUUUCGGAGAAGUUCAAGGUGGAGCUCAACCUAGACGUGAAGAGUUCUGUUUUCAUUGAAUGCCCAAACAUCGGAGAGUUGAAGGGUUGGCUGGAUCAGUGA